AUGGCCGACGCGAAGGACAUUCCGACCAGAACGAUCCACUUGCCUGGCGGCGGCGGGGCCAGCAAAGACGGCCUGACAUUUGCUCGACGUGGUGAGCAAAUCGACGAAUUGACCAGCGGAGAUGUUUCUGGCUUUGAUGCCGAGAGAAUGAGAGCCAGGUCUCUUCUCACAGCUGAUGAGGAGAAGAAGCUCAUGCGACGUGUUGACCUGAGGAUAAUGACGAUAUGCUCUCUGCUCUUUCUGAUGAAGAACAUCGACUCUGACAAUAUUUCGAAUGCGAGGAUCAUGAACAAAGGAACACCAAGAAACAUUAUGACGCAGCUUAAUAUGACUUCCGACGAAUACAACCUUUUGACGGUGUUAUACUACGUACCCUACAUUGUUCUGGAAGCGCCAUCAAAUCUUCUGUUAAAGCGACUCAGACCGAGCGCUUGGCAAUCGAGGGUAAUGGUUUCCUGGGGCAUUGCGCUUCUCUGCCACGUUCCCGUCACCAACAAAGGCGGUAUCUACGCUACUCGAUUCCUCCUUGGUGCAUUCGAAGCAGGAAUGUUCCCAGGGGUUAUCCUUCAGAUGACCUAUUGGUACAGACCGGACGAAAUGUCAAUUCGCCUGCUUUAUUUUUUCCCUCCCACCGCGAAGUGGCUGUCUGAAAAAGAGAAAGCUUUCAUCCAAGCACGACUUCCACCCAAUGCUCCAAGAGCUGAGGAGAUGAACUUCAACUUCAGCGAAAUUGUGGACUCUCUUAAAGAUCGACGUCUAUGGCUCUUCACUCUCAUUUGGGCCACGUUCACUGUUGGCACAUCUGGUGUCCGUUUCUAUCAGCCAACGGUCAUUGCCAAUCUCGGGUUUACGACCAUCGCCCGAGCUCAGUUACUCAACCUGCCGAUCUCGCUCUUGUCCAUCUUUGUCAUCGGAGUAACGGGCUUUUUCGCUGACAAAGGAACCGUGCCGCGACCUCUCUAUCCCUUGGGCGUUUUCGCUGUCGUAAUCGCGUGUUACGGAGUGUUGGUCGCCUAUCCUUCCAAUGGCGCCGUCUAUGCCGCAACGCUCGUCGGCAACGCCUUUACGUCCGCCUUCUUCCCUCUCAUGUGGCCUUGGCGCGUGCAGACAACUUCGCGAGCCACAGGGUCAGCCUUCAGCAUCGGGUUUGUCAACAGCUACGGUCAAAUAGGAGGUGCUAUUGGCCCUCAGAUCUUCAGGUCAAAGUAUGCACCGCGGUAUCAGACAAGUUUUGCAGUAGCGAUGGCUCUGGUUGGAUGCUGUGCCAUUGUCACGCUGAUUACGUGGUGGGCUACGAGAAAGACAGAGUCCGACACUCGGCGUCUGAAAAGAGCCAGAGUGCGUGCUGAGAGGGAUGGCCUGGCUGUGUUGAAUGAUGUGGUGGAUCAGGAUCUGAAUAAAAAGCGAUCUGACGACGAAGAAAGCGCCUAG